AGGGGACCCAGUAGAAGGCAAUGAGAGGAUCCUAUCCUUGCUCACACUUGCUCACAGCACGCUCCUUAAUUUCCCCAAUAAAUGUAUAUAUACAUGUAUCUAUCUGUAUCUAUCUAUAUGUUUGUAUGUUCUAGAGAUUCAAAUUGGAAGCAAUAAUGCCUUAACCCAUCUGGAUCUCAAAAUUGAGGUGGAUUUGGGGUUGAUGAUGUGAAGAAAUCAGUGCAUCUUUGGGAGGGCUAAGAUGGGAUCGAGCAGUAGCAAGCCCAAUGCUGCCGACUCAUCAUCAUCAUCAUCAUCAUCGUCCUCCUCGUCCAUUGUUCGAAGGAGUCGAUCCAAAGGAACCAGAGUGUUCCAAUCUUCAUGUCUUGGACCCUCCUCUGGAUCUCCCGACAGUGACAAUGAUGACGAACAGGUUUCUGAUCAUCAUAGUAAAGAACAUGAUUGUAACAGCCCAAGUGCAAACCAGAUUAAAUCAGAUUCAGACCAUGUGAAAACUGAAUGUUGUGGCAAAGUUAAAGCUGAACAACCUGAUGAAACAGCCUGUAUAUCUUCUAACACUGAGCUUGAUGCUUGGGGUCAAUCAGACCGUACGGAGACUGUCUCUGGAGCUGGUAGUAGUUCACGAGCUUUCUCUACUCGAUCAUUGAGCCGUUCCUGUCGCUUUCUUUCUCGCUUUAGCUUCUUUCCAGGUAACAUAAGCUUCAGGCUAAGCAGAGCAACAAGUUUAGGUUCAUCAACAGCUUAUCCUGUAUCAUCAUCAAGGUUCACAAUUUCAAACGAAGAGGAAGAUCUGCAUCGACACUCAGGUCCUGCCCAUGGUUUGGUUAAUAGAAAUGAAUCUUCACGAUGUCAAGACUUUCUUCCUUCAUGCCUUGUAAAUAGAUUUGGUUCACCACAUUAUGAAGAUUUUGCUUCUGGUAACUUAGAUUCCAAUCCUACGACUUCUGGAUUUUCUGCUAGGCGAGUUGAUCAGAUUACCUCUACUCUAAAUGUGGCCAGAGACAUUGAUAAUCCUACUAUUUUCUAUGAAAAUUUGCAUUCUCCAAGAAUCCAUACUGAUACAGAGAGCAUGGAGACAAGACUUCCUGAUAGGCGGAUUGGAGCUCGAGAACCUGUGGAACGGAAUGUUCAUUUUAGUAGAACCUUAAGUGUUGGAAGACUACGUGACAGAGUUCUUCACAGAUCAUCAUUUCCUAACUUUACAUUUUCUUCUUUGCAGCAAGAUAGGGAAGUGAGAGACACCAAUCAGCAUGGUGGGACAUUGCCUUUGGGUGAUGGAACAUGGGCUUCAGCAUCCAAUGAGAAUGCUUUGACCUCAUCAACUUCUUCUUCUUAUAUGUCAUCUGGUAUGUCUAGGUCCUUGUACAGUAGUCAAGAUUAUGAAGUGGAAACAUCACAUGCAAGAGAAGCGAGGUAUCAUGAUAUCUUGGAACAUAGAUCAAAUUUCUUGGAACGGAGAAGAAGAAUACGAUCUCAGGUUCGUGCUCUUCAGCGGUUGGGCAGCCGUUUUGAGAACUUGUCUGGACAUGAAAGGUCUUGUAUUAUAUCUGGUCAACAUCGGACAGGCCAUUGCACAUGUCGUAUUAGUACUCAAGAUGCUAAUUCAAAUGAUGACACCAGUGCAAGGGCUAGCAUAUCAAGAAUUGUAAUGUUAGCUGAAGCUUUGUUCGAGGUUCUGGAUGAAAUUCACCAGCAAUCUGUAGUUUUAUCUUCUCGACCUUCAAUGUCUUCGAUUGGAUCUGUUCCUGCACCCAAUGAAGUUGUGGAAUCCCUGCCUGUGAAAUUGCACAGUAAAUUGCAAAAGCAUCUCAAUCAAGAGGCUGCACAAUGUUACAUAUGCCUGGUUGAGUACGAGGAAGGAGAUAGUGUGAGGAUACUACCUUGUCACCAUGAAUUUCAUAGAACAUGUGUAGACAAAUGGCUCAAGGAGAUUCACAGGGUAUGCCCACUUUGUCGUGGGGAUAUCUGCAGACCAGAUCCAUUGCCAUCGGAGAAUUAAGGCUGCCAAUUCGCAGUUGGUUUCUUGAUUACCAGCAGAACAUUGGGAAGUGAAGAGAUUCUCUAACUCGGAGAAAACAAGAAGCUAUGAUCUUCAGUAGUGAUGGUUUGAGAAGUUCAGUCUUUUUCUGCUGGUAUGAUUGUUGUUUGCCUUGUUUGUUACUUUGGUUGCACAAUAAUAACAUUGACGGGCAGAAAUGGACUGAACUGUUCAUGCCAUGCCCUUCCUCUCCGGCUGGAAUCUUUGAAUUGAAGCUGCUAACACAGAGAGGGAGAAAGAGGGAGAGAUUCUUUUUGGAGUAGAGAUGUUAUGAAUGUCUUCAUCACAAAGAGGGAGAGAUUCUUUUUGGAGUAGAGAUGUUAUGAAUGUCUUCAUCACAAGGGCCUUAUGUGUAAUUCAAAAUUCCUAUCUGGUUUCCUAAAUGCAUCUUAGUGUUUGAUAUAAUUGAUUUGUCCACUCAAUGAGCCUUGAGACU